GUACCCGAAGAUCAAAUGCCCGAACUCCAGCGUUCGUCUGAUAUCACGUGGGGCCAAUGGAAAAUGUGUGCUGGUGAGAAGGCAGAAAAUCUCCACCACAUUAUCAUCCACGCGUCUACGAAUACCACUACUCAGCGCGCAAUCCGGCGUGCAUGCCACGAGCUUGGAAAGGAUAGGCCUAUGGUAUGGCCCGGGUACCGCAUCAGAUUAGAUACGGAGGUUGGGAAGGCUUUGCUCGGAACACCAAAUGGUCGGGCUGUGCCAUACUUUUUGAGCCAACAUCGUGCAACGUUGGGGCAUAAAGUAGUUGUUGAGAUGGAUAUAUUC